UUCCCAGUACCUAUCAUUGUUAUUUCCCAAAUGUCCUUCUGUGGAUCCAGGAUCAUUGAUCACUUCCUGUGUGAUCCAGGUCCCCUAUUAGCACUCACCUGUGCCAGAGCCCCAGUAAUGGAGUUUUUUUGGACUAUUAUAAGUUCCUUGCUCUUAUUUAUUCCUUUCCUCUGCAUCAUGGGGUCCUAUACUCUGGUCCUGAGAGCUGUCUUUAGAGUCCCUUCAGCAGCUGGACGAAGAAAAGCUUUCUCAACUUGUGGGUCCCAUUUGACCGUAGUUUCACUGUUCUAUGGUUCAGUGAUGGUCAUGUAUCUGAGCCCAACAUCUGAACAUGAGGCUGGGAUGCAGAAACUUGUAACUCUGUUUUAUUCUGUAGGAACCCCACUCAUUAAUCCUGUGAUCUACAGUCUAAGGAACAAAGAUAUGAAACAUGCCCUACAGAAAUUCCUAGGAAUAUAA